AUGAAUUCGUUGAUGUCAAAGAACAGAGGGACCGCCGAGCACCAGCAGAACAACGAAGAUGACGCCGCAUCGCCGACACCGACUGAGCCCGGUCCCAAUAUUCCUGCUGCACUCGCCGCGCAGGGUCCAACUCCGGGAGCGCGGCCACCACUGUCAAGGGCGCAUCCCCGAAACCAGGUCGAGGCGGAGCAGCAUGCAGGCCCCGUAGACAGCACAGAUGAAGGCUCGGACGUCAGCAAUGCCCCAAGUCGGGGCUCCCGUGGCAAGAAGGCUGCAAAGGGAGAUGCCGGUACGGUCAAAUCCAGAAGCCRUGCGCCGGGAGGUCUGGCAAAUGUGAAGGAUGCGGCGCACGCCAAAAUGUACGCUCAAACGCGAACGCGCAGGAGUUAUGGUGCCGCAAGCGUUCGCGGGGAGGGCAAGCGAGUCUCGCCCAUCACCGAGGAAGAAGCUGGCUCCAUGGCUCCCUCCCUCAACUCAGUACUCGACAGCACGCAAGAGCCGAUCCGCACGUCCAGCACUGUCUCCACCGAGUCUACCGAGUCCCAACGCACUCUCAAAGGAAGUGUGCCACCUACACCGUCAGGUCCUCCGUUACACACGCCCUCGUACCCGUUCCCCUACAUUCCUGGAACCCCUAGGCCGUGGACUUCAGGCUUCCACCAGCCGUUCACAGCCCUCUCGCCUACCGUAUCGGCCCUGCCAGGAGAUGGAGGAGCAACGCCGAGAACAUCUUCGUUCAAGACCAUGUCCGGUGGCUCGACGCCGGCCGGGUAUGCCAUGUUCUGGCCCCCAGGUGCCGGCGGCAACGACGGUCUUGAAGACCCGCGAUACCCGACGCCGAAUUUAUACGAUCUAGUCCUACAACYGAACUCAGAGCCCGGCUUGGAGCAAUGGUGGGCCACCGUGUCCAACAUCUUGCAUGAUCACUUCAAGGCGGAAAGGGCCUCGCUAGUUAUGCCUGUGGACUCGACUGACCUUGAAAACAUGCCCUGGGGCCAGAAGUCAACGUUUAGCAUGAAUGGCCCCCAAGACUACAUUCCCGCCGCCGCGCGAGUAGAUCAGACGCAAUCAAUGAGGCCCGAAUUCACAUUUCGAGAGCCAUCUUCAGACUCGACCGCCGACUUGCGCCCGCAAAAGCUACACCCUGACAGAUUGCGGCCUCGUCUGGAACAGCGUCAUUCAUAUGCUGGUCAUGGGAGGGAGGUCAAAGAGAUACUCGGCGGGCUGAAUGACUUACCUGCUAGAGCACAGGCAUCGCGACCGCCAGGGCCACAGCGAACGGCCACGCACGCGGGUGGAAUGUCGCCUGAUGUCGGACGGGCUCGGAUAGCACCACCCUCAAGAUUGCCCUCUUCUACUAGCGUGCGUCAAUCAUCCUUGAACGAUCCAGACUUCAGCAGUUCUGGUGGUACAAGCGAAAGCAGUCCAUAUGCCGCCAUUUUCGGCGCACUUCGCUCCCUGGACCAAGAAAUACGGCCACUGAUCGAGUCUGCGGGUGUGAAUCGUGUUCUCGAGCGCGGCAGAGUGGUCGCUGUGACCAGAGACUACGUUCCGGAGACGGCCAGUACACCCGCGGCGAAAGCUGCGCCUACUGAAAAACCCGGAAGGCUGUUCGGCCGUUAUCGUAGUGAUCUGGCAAGUGGGAACGCGCCUGACGCAGUGCGAGACUACGAUGAGUAUGAGCAGCAUCCGUCAUCUCCUUGGGCCCAAUCUCCCGCACCAUCACCAGCGAUUCAAGCUGACGAAGAGACGAAUCCGUUUUUCGCCCCUGAUGAUCAGCAGCUUGACGAUGCCUUCAAUCCUGCUGUCAGCCCAAAGGACUACUCGCAAUAUGGACAAGUCGAAGCUAUUGGAGUAGACCAUGCCAGUACCGUCCUGCACAUUCCCUUGGUGCAUCCUACUCUGUCCACUCCAAUGCCGUCCCUUGUAGCCGCCAAUCAGCAUAAAGCUCGGCCUGGCGACCCGUUGCAAAGGGAUACGGUCGACAUGCAGAGGAAGGCACCCAUUGCAAUCCUGUCAAUCCUGACCGCCACCGUUCCUUAUCCGCACAAUUUGACUCGGACUCUGAAGCACCUAGGGCCACACUUGGCAACAUCGUUUGUUAUUGCUCAGCAGCUUUCCGCAUGUGCUGCAACACGACGUCUUAAUAUUCGACAUCGUCGAACGGCCAGUGGACAUAACGUAUCCAGCUCCCCAAUGACAGUUGAGCCUGCUUCUCUGCAAGAUAUUAAUGACGCAGAUAUCGAGGUUCCCAGCUCAUCUGUGUCUGAAACCAUGACGAGCCCGUCAGAAUACUCAGGCCGUUCCCGCCUGAGCCCAUCCGAAUCCAUAGUCGGCACUCCUGGCUGGGAUCCGGCUGCGCACGGAUGGACCGCCAGUCGCUCGGUUGUGGGUACACCUGCGCUCACGGGUUCAGAGAUGGUCGACAAUUACUUUGACUCGAAGAAGCGGCCGAUGCACCGCAGUGGCAGUAAUGCCAGUGCAACAACACCGGCGAGAUCUUCGAAGAAAAGCUCGAGCAGCGGCAGCAGAAGCAGUGGUCGCGCCGCCGAUGACGACGGCGUGUCACCACGAAACGAGCGCAAACAAAAGCAGUCCACGCUGGGCAAAGAGGAAAAGCCACAAGGCCCUACACCAACGGAACACAGCCCGCCGCGAGAGGACAGUCGACCGAACCUACGUCCCGCCAUGUCACAUCUCCCCGAUCUCACCCAAACCAAACAACAUUCACUCCUACAUUCCUACGGCGCCGACUUUCAGCAUUCCUUUGGCACCUUCCCCAGUUAUGGGUCUGGCGAUGCGCGAGCGUCGGGUUUCGGCGCACACUCAAGAAAAGGAUCCUACCCCGAGGAUAUGCCGCCGCCAUCUGAGCGCCUCUUGCGAACAAUCAUUGAUUCCGUCCCAGUACAGAUAUUCACAGCUCAACCAGAGACUGGUACUCUCAGCUGGGUCAAUUCAAAGUUCCUCAUCUACCGGGGGCAGGAACCCAAGGAAGUUCUCGUCGACCCGUGGCGAGCGAUCCAUCCUGAUGAUCGCAACGAGUUUCUCCCUGCUUGGCAUCGUUCACUGCGAACAAAUCAGCAACUUCAGCAAAAGGUCCGAUUGCAAAGGUUCGACAACAGCUACCGUUGGUUCUAUGUGCGAGCCGCGCCCCUUAAGGAUAAGCACAUGAAGGUCGUGCAUUGGAUUGGUACGAUGAUGGACUUCCACGAACAGCAGAUGGCCGAAUUGAAUUCUGCACGUCAGCAAGAGACCGCAGCGUCAGAGGCCAAGUAUCGAGCGCUUGCCAAUUCCAGCCCGCAAAUCGUGUUCGCCGUGAAUCGCGUCAAAGGCAUCACCUUCUGCAACACACAAUGGGUCCACUACUCCGGGCAGACAGAAGCUCUAGCGCUGGGGGUUGGCUUCAUGGAUCACGUGCAUCCUGAAGACCUAACUAAGUGUAGUCUGCCGAAGUUUGAGGGAGAYUCUGAAGUGCCUACCAAUGUACCAACUUCGCUCCCACCGGAGCCCAAGCGCACAGCAUCCACCUCUGCUACGUCCUCGGACGACUCCUCGGAGACUGAGAGAGGCUGCUUGUCCAGCUCGGAAUCAACGUCGUCCCCUAUAGCACACAUGCCGCAAAGAAAGCUCUCCGAGCUUGCUACCACGGGUAUACUGAAAGUCUCGCGAGACGCAGAUGGUCGCCCGUCAUACUCAACAGAGGUCAGGCUCAAAUCAAAAGAAGGGAUAUACAGGUGGCAUUUGGUCCGUGUCCUGCGUGCAGAGCGAACUCUGCAGCCCGAUGAGGAGGAAACUUGGUACGGCACAUGCACAGACAUCAACGACCACAAAACUCUGGAGCGAGAUUUGAAAGAGAACAUGGAUGAGAAGUCGCGCUUCUUGAGCAACAUGUCUCACGAGAUCCGCACGCCUUUGAAUGGCAUCACUGGCAUGGUCAACUUUUUAAUCGAUAGCAGCUUGUCAGCAGAGCAGAUGGAGCAUGUYAACAUCAUCCGAGCUAGCACCGAGGGGCUACGCGGCCUGAUCAACGAUAUACUGGAUCUUUCCAAGGCCGAAGCUGGUAUGAUACAGCUUAGCAUGGACUGGCUGUAUGUGCGCGCUCUCAUUGAGGAGGUCAAUGAUCUGACAUCUGCCAUGGCAAUCGACAAAGGCCUGGAGUUGAACUAUGUGGUUGAAGAGAAUGUGCCGCCUCAGAUCAAAGGCGAUCGCUUCCGCAUCCGACAGAUACUCCUCAACAUUGUGGGUAACGCCAUUAAGUUUACACAGGCGGGAGAGGUGUUUAUCAGAUGUUGUCUCGAGACGGGUCACAGUGAUACCGAGGCCAAUGAAGCCUUUAUCAGCUUUGAGAUUGUUGACACAGGUCGUGGCUUCACUGAUAAAGAAGCCGAGUAUCUGUUCAAACGUUUCAGCCAGAUCGACGGCAGCAGCACCCGACAGCAUGGCGGAACGGGACUUGGUCUGGUGAUCUCUAGGCAACUCGCUCAGCUUCAUGGCGGCGACAUGAGUGCAAAAGGUGUGCCCGGUGAAGGGUCUACUUUCACGAUUUCCAUCAAAACCCUGUUACCUUCGAAGAACGACCAGCCUCCUCCGCCUCCUACUCCAAGUGCUUCUUACCCUGGAACUCUGCUGCAAGGUCCACCGACACCUUCCCCAUUGCCGGUCCUUGGAAAAUCGCCUCCUACCGAGGCUCUUGGUGGCACAUCUGUAAAGCCCUGGGUAAAAUUGGCGCAUGAGAUCUCGAGCUCUCCUGGAAGCUUCAUGCAAUCUCCAGACGCUGGAGCAGACUCGCCCUCGCUCUCUUCGGGCAGUUCUGAUCCGUCAGUACGGUCCGCGGCGCUCAGUGGUAGCCUUCGCUCGGAGCGAUCGUCUCAGUCGUCUGUGGCCGCUGAUCUUGCUGCUGCCAAUACCUCGUUGAACCUGGCUUUGCCGCAGGAUGCAAAGCCGGGCAGAUCCAAGGCUCAUGAUGUGCCUACAGACGCCGCCAACUCCGCAACGCAACUACCCUAUUUGGUGCCCCCGAUGUUCUCGAUUCUGGUGAUUGCGCCCCUCAAGCACAGUCGUGAGGCGACCGUACGUCACAUUGACAUGACGUUGCCCAAGAACAUUCCUCACCACCUUACCUCACGAGAGAGCUUCUCGGACAGCCAGUUGCUACUUGGUGGGAACCAUCCUGUUACAUUCACCCACGUUGUAGCCGUGCUACGCGAUGUUGAUGAAAUCAUCGCUUUGAUGGACGAAGUGUUCAAUGUUAAUGCUGCGUCUACGACUGCCAUUGUGCUGAUCACAGACCUUGCUCAGCGACGCAGAAUCAUGGAACAAGCGCCCGGCUAUGACUACACCCAGCUCAUGGCGACUCGCAGAUUGACAUUCGUGUUCAAGCCUCUGAAGCCCUCGCGAUUUGGCCUCAUAUUCGACCCCCAACAGGAGCGCGAGAUGAGCCUGGAUCGAAACCAAGAUAGCGCGCAGCAAGUUGCCGUGAAUCAAAAGCACGUCUUUGAGGAACUCACACGACGCCUCGGCAAUCGAGACAAKCGUGUCCUACUCGUGGAGGACAACAAAGUGAAUCAGAUGGUCAUUCUAAAGUUCCUUGCUAAAGCAUCGAUCCAAGCCGAGACUGCACUGGACGGAGACCAGUGUCUCGAUAAAGUGUUUGCGAAUCCGCACGAUCACUACUCGAUCAUCCUCUGCGAUCUCCACAUGCCGAACAAGGACGGCUACCAAACCUGCAAGGCGAUUCGACGGUGGGAGAGAAAGAACAAGUUCUCCGGUCUGCCCAUCAUCGCGCUCAGCGCGAAUGUUCUGGGAGACGUGUACGAAAAGUGUGUGGACGCGGGCUUCAAUAGCUAUAUGACGAAGCCGGUUGAUUUCAAGGAGCUCAGUGUACUUUUGCUGGGUUUCAUGGAUCCGAUUGACACGGACCGCCCGCAUGAAUUGAUGAAGUUGAAGCGUGGACACCCGCCACCUAACCUGUCAUCGAUUAGUCGAUGA